AUGGGUAUCUUCAGUGGAACGCCUCCUCCGAGCUGCCCAUCAGCUCCGCAUUGCGCGGAAUGGGCUAAAGUCUAUCUGAAGUACUGCCUGUGCAGUACUAAGGAUGGUGUUGCCCUGGGUCUUGGACUGGCUAGUGUCCUCAGUUGGGGUAUCGCCGAGGUGCCGCAGAUCAUAACAAAUUACAAACAGAAGUCAACAGAAGGCCUUUCUAUUGCCUUUCUGAUGACCUGGAUAGUUGGGGAUUUGUUUAACCUUGUCGGCUGUUUCCUGGAACCUGCUACUCUGCCGACACAGUUUUACAUGGCAUUGCUAUAUACCAUCACAACUGUGAUUCUCACUGGACAGACAAUAUACUAUAGCCACAUCUACCAUCUUAAAGUAAAGAAAACUGGGGUAACUGCCAAGUCUCAGAAACAUCAACGAGGGGAUGCUUCAUUACGUGAAAAGCUUUUGGGACAUAGGGACGAGGCAUUCAAAAAUAAUAUUCAGUCAGGUCCGACUAUUCCUAUCCCGAGCUCACCAAUCCAGGUGAACACAGAAGUAUUCCGGCAACGUCAUGGUUCAGUCAGCCCCGGCUCAGACUACUACUAUGCGUCAGCAAGAUCUCUAUCGAGGAGCCCGGUGCCUACAGGUACAUGGUUGGGGAAUAAUCACCAGACAACAAAAGUUCCUCCACAAAUGAGCGAUGAAGGUGAACCUUUAUUUGGCGAGUUUGUUCCAGCGCAGUCUGCACCAGCUGCUAUUACAAAAAAUUCCCUCUCAGUGGUACCAUGGAUUUCUGUUGUCUUGGGCAUGUGUGUGUUGCAUAUUUUGGUUGGAACUGCACGCAGGGAUGCUUCCAAUGAAAUUAUCAUCACUGUCGGCAGGAAGCUCUUAGUUGUAGCGGAUGACCAUGCAGGUUCAUCUCCGAGCCAUGGCAGUGCAAGUGGAAUUGGAAGCUUUCUUGGUUGGGCCAUGGCGGUUAUCUAUAUGGGCGGACGACUUCCCCAGAUCUUCUUAAAUAUGCAAAGAGGCCAUGCCGAGGGGCUCAGUCCGCUAAUGUUUACCUUUGCUUUAGUGGGGAAUACGACAUAUGUAGGGAGUAUCCUUGUGAAUAGUUUGGACUGGGCAAGGCUUAGACCAAAUCUGCCGUGGCUUGUAGAUGCUGGAGGAUGUGUUUUGCUUGAUUCUUUCAUUAUUCUUCAGUUCCUUUAUUUUCAUUACCGGAAGCAAAGUGGGCGUGAUGAACUUGACAAUUUGGAUAAAGCCUAA